UAUUAGAUGACUUGUGGUUUAUAUAGUUUGCCUGGAGUGUUUUAGAUAUAUAAAAUUGAAGAUCUUGUUCAGGAUCAGUGAAGAAAGGGUUUGCUAAAGUCUAGUGUUUCUAUUCGCAGUGAUAUUUGAUUAUUGUAUCUCUCAAAUAAAACUCAUUGUUCCCACUAAGUCCAUGUUCUUUGUUAUAUAUUUAUUUUCUUCUCAUCACCAAGUUUUGAUAAAUUUCAGUUUCAUUUUCCCGUUCCUUCAAGGUGGAGAGCUUAUAGUUUACUUCUUGUUUCCUAUUACCUUGGUCUAGAAUUGGCUCUUCCUAAAACAUUUGAACUAAAAAGAAUAAUUUUAAAUUACUUUAGUCAUAACUAAUUAGUAAGGAUUGGUAGACUACUGAGUUAGGGAAAUCUGCUUUAAUAAGAAGAAUAAAAUUUUGUUUCAUGAGCUUAAGUUUUUUACAAAAGUAAUUGUAAACAUUCUAUAGCCAGGUUUAAGUAAAGAUACUUGAUUUUAAAACAAUAUCUUACUAUCUGUAACUUUAACAAAAACUAUUGCUUAGGUCUUGUUGAAUAGAAGUGUAGUUGAUGCCAGCUUCUUAUAGACUUUCAAACUUGUCCGUUAAUUAGACACUCUGGAAUAUUGACAAUAAGCCUUUUCCUGCAUAGUGUUUAUUCCUAGAUUUGAAAAUUACCAAUCUCUGUUGCUGACUAGUUUUCUUACCAGUUCCUGGCAUGAUUCUUUGUAUAAUAAAAAAAAGUAGAAAAAUAAUAGUAGAUUUAAAAGAAAAAUUGAGCUAGAUGUAAAUACAAUUUAAAGGAAACUGAUUAGCAGCUUUUUAAAUCAGGAAGCUUUAUCUAUUGAGUUCUUUGAUUAGCUGCAUGUCCAUAAGUGUGGGAUAACACAAGAAAUAGAUGCUUGCUUAUAGCAAAUUUUAAAGGACAAUAGUGACAAUUCAAGAUGCAGCACAUUUUGGGUCAUCAUGUAAUCAUAAACUGCAGAUGACAUUUUCCUAAGAGGCUAGAUUACAGAGGUGAAGCAUGAACUUUUAUCCCUAUUGUGAAGGAAAUUCUAAUCAGCUGGGAAGUUAGAACUUUAGCACAGCCCUGGCAAAUAGAAGCAUGUGAGUCACAUGUGUAAUUUUGAUUUUUCCUUUUUAGAAACUGGAAACAUCAUUAACACUAUAUUUCUUCUAAUUAUUACUACCAUCAAAUUUCUUCAGUAUCAUUGGAAAUUCUUGUAAUAAACUGUUAUAUUAUGCAUAUUUUUGAGUGAAGGGAACAGAUUAAAAACUAAGGCAUGUUUUUAGAAGUGAAUUAUUUCGGAGCAGGACUCCCAGCAGCACAGUAAAUGCUAAAUUAUUGCUUGUUGACUAAGAGUACUAGAUAAAGACAAUGAAGUUCUUUCAGUUUUGUUUUGCCAGUAACAUAUUAGUAAGCCUUUAACCUGCUUAAUUAUUCUAGACUUUAGUAUCGUCAUUUGCAAAAGAUUGUUAUAUGAAUUUUUUUAACCCCAAAUUUCUGAGUCUCAGUUUUUACCUUGCAUGCAUUGCUUUAGUAUGUGAUACUAUUUCAGUGUCACUAGAGCCACCUGCUGACAGAUUCAUUAAUUUGUUUUCAUUGAAUUUGUGUAAUUGAAGAUUCUAAAAUAUUUUGUAAAUACUGAAAUGUUUUUAGUACAGUUUGUCCACUUUCCACUAAUGCUUAACUUUUCUGGUUUGUGAUGUCUUUACACCUAAUUGACUAUCAAGAAACUAACAUUUUCUGAUGCUCCCAAAGCGAAUGUUGAUUUGCUUAUCAUAAUUUGGAAGUGCUUUCAUUUAAAUGUGAUUUUGCUUUAAUAUUCAAAAGCCCAUUUUAUAUACCUUCAUAGCAUUGUUUAGAACUGUACUUAGAAUGAUGAGUUUUUUCAUCUGUUUCAUACAUGAGAGAUUUUUUUUUCACUCAUUGUACUGCACACACAGUUCUCUGUAUCCAUACAUCUGUGAUGCAGUGUUAAUUAAGAAGCUCUCCUACUUUGAGCAUAUAAUAUUUUUUAGCCAUCCCAGCAAAUGUCAGGCAGGCAUUACUCCCAUAUUACAAAAAAAAAAAUGCCAAUCAAAGAGAUUAACAAAUUUAUCUGUUACCACAUAAUCAAUGAAAAAUAGAGUUAGGUUUGAACUAAGGAUUGCAUGGCUCUAGAUCCAUGCUGUCACAUAGGUCAGAACAGCCAGGUUUUGUUAAUAGAUGUGUUAAAUGAGGUAAAAUGCUACAUGCAAUAGAUUCAGGACAGUAUAAUACCAAACCUACUCUCCAUUAAAAAAAAAGUUUCAACAACAAAACAAAACAAAAAAUUAUUUGUAUAGUAUGAUGAUAUGUUUAAUUUUACUAUAUCUUUAAAAGGUAGUAUGUUUUGACAGGCAUGAAAGAAAUGACAAGUUUUGAUCAAAAGAAGCAUAUUGAAAACUCAUGGAGGUCUUUUGUUUCUAUUAGUACAACAAUUAAUACAAUCUUUCUAUGUGCCGUUACUGAUAUAGUAUAUGCUAUUGAAAGUUAUCAUAUUGAAAGAAUUAGAAUUUUUACCUUAAAUAUUGCUAUGAGCUUCUCAUCAGCACUUAUCUAUAUUUUGAGGAUUCAUAGGGAUGAAAUCAAAUUUUCGACAAGAAGAAAGUCAUAAAAGUCUAGUUUCUGAGUAUUUGGAGGUUAUUUAGCCAUUUUCCAAAAGUGUUCCUUUUGUCUAAAUGCUCUUCAAUUAAUAAUUAACAUUUCUGUCUUUUUAGAUCUUCAGUUCACCCAAGUUACUGAAAUAUCUGCACUAAGUAUAUGUAAUGUGGCUUAGAUGAUAAUUUAUGAUAGCUUUUUAAAGGAUAAGGGAGGACAUUUUAAUAUAAAUAAGAUUUUAAAUUUGUAAAAAUGUGACAUCAGGUAGAUUACUGCAAACAAAAUGGUAGUUGGUUCAAAGCUUUUGACAUUAACUUAGAACUACAACACAUUUUGAAACAGUAUAUUUUAAAGAAUGAAACUAUUACAUUAAAAAUACAUCUACUUUCAGUGACCAAAAAAGUGUAAUAUUAGUGAAACAAUGAGAAUUUUAAUGGUAUAAAUUCAAGAUUAUUAGAAUUUAGGCUUUGUGUAACUCUGGUGUAAAGCAAGACCUAGUUCUAUUUUUUAACAGGCUAUUAAUUGAGUCACUAAUCUACAGGAAUAAAUAACACUCCUAUAAAUUUCACAGGAGUGAUAGUGACAGCACAAUUUGAUGGGUAGAGUGCUAGACCAAUUCAAGAGAUCUGUGCCUAGUCUUGUCUUCUCUGUUAAAAUGCCAUCUCACUUAGAAUUCAUUUCAAAUGUGGAGAUAUUUUACAAAUGUUGAGAUUGAGACCCAGAGUAGUAUAUGGUAUGUCUGAAGGAUACAAUGAGUUAGGACUUAAGUCUGGUCAUCUCCUUGACUGAAAAACCAGAGGUUGGAGUCCAUGAUCUUGUAUCUUUAAAAUAGCUCUUAAGACAGUACCUGAACAUUAUUUUGUAGUCUCUUUAUCUGAGCAUUUCCUGUCCCUCUGUACCACAUCCCACACCAAGCAGGACUGACUCCUUAAUCAGCAGUCUUGUGAGAGCAUUGUGUGGGGAGUCCACUACCACUAGUUUUAGGCCAAGACAAUGCUACCUUCAGUGUCCAGUACCUCUGAGAGAAAGGAAACCACACCCUGAAACUCCCUUAGGGCCAGAAACAAACCAGCCCUACCACAGGGCUUGUUCCAUCUGCCUAACUUACCCAGGCUUAGCAACAGCCUUCCCCACACCACCUCAGUGAUCAGAGGGUAGGGGCUAUGUGCUCUUUUGGGUUAAGUCUUGACCCUCUGGCAGUUUUAUUUUUUCAUCUCAUUCCUGUAAUUCUUUGGAUACUGUCUAAACCAUAUGUCCAUUCAGAUGCUUGAAUCUUUGCUUUAUUCUUCCUUUUACUAAUUUUCCUACUUGUCACAUUCAAGCUGGCUUUUACUUUGACCGUGUCACUGGCCACUGUCACAUGAAAGAUAAUGCAUAGUUUUCAGGCCUUACAUUGCCUGCUUUUUUUUUUUUUAAAUGAGGGUAGUGCUGGGCCUGGAAUCCAGGUUGUCACACAUGCUAAGCACAUGCUUUAUCACUAAGUGGCACCCCAAGCCCUACAUUGCCUGGGCUUGCAGCAGGAUUUGAUACUAUUGGUUCUAAUUUUGGCUCUAAUGAAAAUAAUAUUUUUUUGAAACAUUGUGGUAAAAUAAUAUUUACCAUGUUAUCCAUCUUUAAGUGUACAACUCAGUGUCAUUAGGCAUCUUUACAGUGCUGUGCCACCAUCAUCACUAUUUCUAAACCCUUUCAUCACUUCAGAGACUUCAUUCAUUAAAUAAUGUCUUCUUUCCCCUAUUCCUACCCCCUAUCAUCUCUAUUCUAGUUUCUGUUUCUAUUUGCCUAUUACUUAUCAGUGGAAUCAUGAAAUGUUUAUUCUCUUGUGCCUGGUUUAUUUCAUCAGCAAAAUCUUCACAUAUGUAACCAUGUGUCAGAACUUUAUUCUUUUUAACAACUGACUAAUACUCCAUUGUAUAGGUGUACUAUAUUUUGCUUAUCCCUUCUUUCUUUUUUUUUUUCGCUUUUAGUGGUCUUGGGGUUUGAACUCAGGACUUCAUAUGUGCAAUGCAGAAGCUCUACCACUUGAGCUACUCAACCAGCUUAUCCCUUCAUUUGUUAAUGGACAGUUGGGUCAUUUCCAUCUUUUGGCUUUUGUGAAUAAUGCUGCUUAAACAUUGGUUUGCAAGUGUCUGUUUAACUCCUUGCUUAACUUUUUGGGGCAUACAAAUGUUCCUCAUCUUACAGUUGGGUAAAUAAACCAACUCAAUAAACCCAUCUGCAGUUGAAAGUACCGCAAGUUGGAAACACAUUUAACAUACCUAGUCUACAUCAUGUCUUACCUUUGUAAUUUUAAGGCUGAUUAAGAAUGGUGGCUUGCUGCUGCCUCCACCCAGUUUUACAAGACACUUUCAUACCUGCCUGGGAAAAUAUCAAACUGCCAAAUUCCAAGUAUGGUUUCUACUGAAUGUAUAUUGCCUUCCUAUGAUCAUAGUGUUGAAAAUUCACCGUAAGUCGGAGACCCAUCUAUUUACCUGGAAGUGGAAUAAAUAGGUCUUAUAAAGUAAUUCAAUGAAUAGGAUUUUAAGAAACUCCCAGACUCUUAGUUUGGUUUUCUGUUUAUUCCUUAAACUACUUGUAAAAUUUUUAUUUUUAUUUUGUUGGUACGAGGUUUGAGUUCAAGGCUUCAUAUUUGCUAGGCAAGCUCUGUACCACUUGAGCCAUGCCUCCAGCCCUGAAACUCCUUUUAAAUGAUUUUUCUCCUGUUACCUUAUGUAUUUGUGAUUUCUCGGACCUAUACCUACCUUUAGUUUGUAAACCCUCCAGGAGAAUUCAUCCACUUCUGUUGUUUUCACAUGCUUUUUAUCAUCUAAUCCUGUCUCAUGAGCUCUCCCCAUAUAGACCUCUGCAUUACUGGACCUCUUUAACUCAGGUGUCUCCUGAGUAGUUCAAACUCAGUAAAUUAGUACUACAUCCAUCUUUUGUUCUUUCCCUUCUUGCCUUCUAAAGAAUUCACACCAAAAACUCCUUGUAUUCCGGUUUUCACCUAAUGGCUACAACAUGUACAGCUCAUGAGUUUCUAAAAACAAAUGUCAUUUAAUUUCUCUUCUUAGCCAUUACUGAUUUCCUAAUGCUUUUAAGUCUAAAUCUAAACUCUUAAAUGGUAUGUAUGCUUUUUAUAUACAUUCAAUUAAUCUUUUCAACCUCUGCCUUUUAAGUGUGUAUAGAUUUACAUAGAUUUGUUUUACAUUCAAGCUAUUUUGAAAUGUUUAUUUCCCUAAUAAACCUUUUUUCAGGUCUCUACCUUUGCUCACACCAGUUCAAUGAGCCAGUAUGCCCUUCCCUCUCAAAAUCUGGUUUCUGUGCUCUCUUUCUCACAGUAAAAUAUGACUUUAUGUGUCUUCCAUACAUCACCAGACUGUGAGCUUCUUCAAAGCAAGAACUAUCUCUUAAUUUAUCUCUGUAACCCUAGUGACCAUAAUUAUAUACAAGUAUAUAAUUAUAUAUUGACAUGUAAUUAUAUAUAUGUAUAUACACGCAUACUAUAUAUAGUAAGGUUCAGCUGCACUGGUUGCAUUCUGGGGUAGAGUUGGACUGCUAGCACUGUUAAAUACUGACAAUGGUCUGGAGGUAUAGCUCAGGCCCUGAGUUUUAUCACCAGCACCAAAAUCAGCUGAAAUUGAUAGUAAUGAAGUAUUCAUCUGCCAUAUACACAUGACAAAGUUAGGGGAUACAAACUACUAAGUCACUUUUCUUGGUAUAUAAUAUUUCACAGGGUGACCGUCUUCAGGAAAGGUAGGACUAUUUCAUAGUAAAGACAAAGAGGUGAAGAAUGAAAAUAGUGGACAUAUUAUAUGGGCCACUUAGAUUGAAUCAAUUUGUGAGAAGAAAUUAUACUUUAGAUGUAUCUAUUGACUUAAAAACAUGUUUGCUUUUUUCUAAAGAGAGGUAAGUUGAAUAUAUUAUAGAAAAGAAUACUUUAUAGGCAGCACCACCUUUUGAAUAAAAAAGGUUAUGCUUUCCUGGUUGAAUGGACUUGAGGGCUGGAAGUCCUUUAGAGUUGGGUUUUUUUCCCUAUUAAGUAGGAAAUAAAUAUAAAUUUUUCCUUACCUGUCUUAUGUCAAUGUGUGGCACAUCUUUCAAAAGUUUAUGUAAAGCAUAUAUGUAUGCUUAACCUUUUUAAAAAAAUGAGUAGAACAUAGUCAUAAUAGGCACUACCCAAAAUUUAUUACGUAAAGGAAAUAAACAUCCACAAUCCAACUAUCCAGAGAUAACGACAUUUUGGCAUGCACUUACUAGAUUUUUUUUUUUCUCUGUAUCUAUGAGUACAAAGAGUAAUAAGAGAAAUGGAUCCAUACUGUAUCAUCAUGUAGUUUGCCUUUAAUGAUAAAUUUUGAAAAGAUUUUUCUUACUAACAUUUAGACUCUUACUUGGAUGGUUUCUUGGUAUUCUAGGGAUACAUCCAACCCCUUAUUGAAUAUAAAAGUCAUUUGAGCCAAAAAUUGCAGUUCAAACAAUAUUUUGCCAUAAUGUUUCUACAGAUCUUAAAUGAUUUACUUAGAAUAAAUGUGAUCUGGAAUUACUAGGUCAAAUGGAAUAUAAAAUUUUCUUAAAGAUACUGAUCUAUGUUGCCAUGUUGAUGAAUUGAUGUGUCAGUUGUCCCCAAGACCACCCCCAGGCUUGAUGAAAAAGAGCUCAGAGGACUCAGCAUGUAGUUAACAUAACUUAUAUAUAAGGUUUAUUUACGCAAAAAAUACAAAGCAAAAUCAGCAAAAGAGAAGAGUACGUGGUGUGAAAUCUAGAGGAAACUACUCUCCUCAUUGAGUAAUAUAUGAUACACAAUUCCUUUAGCAACGAGUUGUGGCAACACAUGCGAAAUGUUGUCUAUUAGAGAAGUUCUUUAGAGACUCUAUGGUCAAGGUCUUUACGAGAGGCUGACAUGUGAGUACCAUCUCCUUGCAGGUACCAAAAUCCCAGACUGCCUAAAGGAAAGCAAAUAUUCAACAUAAACCACAUUGUUCAGCAAUUGAGGCACAGUAAUUCACCCUUAUGAUUUCAGGAAUGUUUCCUAGGGUAAAGGAAAUGGUUGCUAGCCAAAUUCCCAAUGCCAACCAAGAGCCCACCUUACCAGAAUCCGUAGAAGCUAGCCCUGUGGUAGUUGAGAAAUCCAACAGUUAUCCCCACCAGUUAUAUACCAGCAGCUCCCAUCAUUCACACAGUUACAUUGGUUUGCCCUAUGCGGACCAUAAUUAUGGUGCUCGUCCUCCUCCAACACCUCCAGCUUCCCCUCCUCCAUCAGUUCUGAUUAGCAAAAAUGAAGUAGGCAUAUUUACCACUCCUAAUUUUGAUGAAACUUCCAGUGCUACUACAAUCAGCACAUCUGAGGAUGGAAGUUACGGUACUGAUGUGACCAGGUGCAUAUGUGGUUUUACACAUGAUGAUGGAUACAUGAUCUGUUGUGACAAAUGCAGUGUUUGGCAACAUAUUGACUGCAUGGGGAUUGACAGGCAGCAUAUUCCUGAUACGUAUCUAUGUGAACGCUGUCAGCCUAGGAGCUUGGAUAAAGAGAGGGCGGUUCUACUACAACGCCGGAAAAGGGAAAAUAUGUCAGAUGGAGAUACCAGCGCAACUGAGAGUGGCGAUGAGGUUCCAGUGGAGUUAUAUACUGCAUUUCAGCAUACUCCAACAUCCAUUACCCUAACUGCUUCCAGAGUACCCAAGGUUAAUGAUAAAAGAAGGAAAAAAAGUGGAGAGAAAGAACAGAACUUUCCAAAAUGUAAAAAAGCCUUUCGUGAAGGAUCUAGGAAAUCAUCACGAGUUAAGGGUUCAGCUCCAGAAAUUGAGCCUUCAUCUGAUGGUUCGAAUUUUGGAUGGGAGACAAAAAUCAAAGCAUGGAUGGAUCGAUAUGAAGAGGCAAAUAAUAACCAGUAUAGUGAAGGUGUUCAGAGGGAGGCUCAAAGAAUAGCUCUGAGAUUAGGCAGUGGAAAUGACAAAAAAGACACGAAUAAAUCAGAAUUGAAUACUAACAGUUUACUAUUCAAACCUCCUGUAGAGAGCCAUAUACAAAAGAAUAAAAAAAUUCUGAAAUCUGCCAAAGAUUUGCCUCCUGAUGCCCUCAUCAUUGAAUACAGAGGGAAGUUUAUGCUGAGAGAACAAUUUGAAGCAAAUGGAUAUUUCUUUAAAAGACCAUACCCUUUUGUUUUAUUCUACUCUAAAUUUCAUGGGCUAGAAAUGUGUGUUGAUGCAAGGACUUUUGGGAAUGAGGCUCGAUUCAUCAGACGUUCUUGUACACCAAAUGCAGAGGUGAGGCAUGAAAUUGAAGAUGGAACCAUACAUCUUUACAUUUAUUCUAUCCAAAGUAUUCCAAAGGGUACUGAAAUUACUAUUGCCUUUGAUUUUGACUAUGGGAAUUGUAAAUACAAGGUAGACUGUGCAUGCCUCAAAGAAAAUCCAGAGUGCCCCGUUCUAAAACGUAGUUCGGAAUCUAUGGAAAACAUCAAUAGUGGUUAUGAGACAAGAAGGAAAAAAGGAAAAAAAGACAAAGAUAUUUCAAAAGAAAAAGAUACACAAAAUCAGAAUAUUACUUUGGACUGUGAAGGAUCAACCAACAAGAUAAAGAGCCCAGAAACAAAACAGAGAAAGCUUUCUCCAUUGAGACUAUCAGUAUCAAAUAAUCAGGAACCAGAUUUUAUUGAUGAUAUAGAAGAAAAAACCCCUGUUAGCAAUGAAGUAGAAAUGGAGUCAGAGGAGCAGAUUGCAGAAAGGAAAAGGAAGAUGACAAGAGAAGAAAGAAAAAUGGAAGCAAUUCUGCAAGCUUUUGCCAGGCUGGAAAAGAGAGAGAAGAGAAGAGAACAAGCUUUGGAAAGGAUCAGCACAGCCAAAACUGAAGUGAAAACAGAAAGUAAAGAGGCACAGAUUGUCAGUGAUGCUGAAGUUCUUCAGGAACAAGCAAAAGAAGAAAGUGCUAACAAGCCAACCCCUGCCAAAGUGAAUAGAACUAAACAGAGAAAAAGUUUUUCUCGCAGUAGGACUCACAUUGGACAGCAGCGUCGGAGACACAGAACUGUCAGCAUGUGUUCAGAUAUCCAACCAUCUUCUCCUGAUAUUGAAGUCACAUCACAACAAAAUGAUACUGAAAAUCCUGUACUUGCAUUGGAACCAGAAACAGAGACUUCAGUAGCAGAGAUCAUCACUGAAACAGAAGUUCCAGCACUUAAUAAAUGUCCUACAAAGUACCCUAAAACAAAGAAGCACUUGGUCAAUGAGUGGUUAAGUGAGAAGAACGAGAAAACAGGAAAACCCUCCGAAAGCCUUUCAGAAAGGCCUCUGCGCAUAACCACAGAUCCGGAAGUGCUGGCUACACAGCUCAAUUCUUUACCAGGCCUCAGUUACAGUCCUCAUGUGUACUCUACUCCUAAGCAUUAUAUUAGGUUUACUUCACCAUUCCUUUCAGAAAAAAGGAGAAGAAAAGAACCUACUGAAAACAUUUCUGGGUCAUGCAAAAAGCGAUGGUUGAAACAAGCUCUGGAAGAAGAAAAUUCAACAGUUUUACAUAGAUUUAAUUCACCCUGUCAUGAAAGAUCCGGAAGUCCUACAGUCAAUGGUGAAAAUAAAAGUCCACUGCUGUUAAAUGAUGUCUGCUCCCUUCCAGAUUUGACUACGCCACUAAAAAAACGAAGACUCUUUCAACUGCUAGACUCCGUUUACUCAGAAAGCUCCACACCUACUCCCUCGCCGUAUGCUACACCAACUCACACAGAUAUUACUUCUACAGACCCGUCAUUUGCCACUCCUCCACGGAUAAAAUCAGAUGAUGAAACUUACAGAAAUGGUUAUAAACCCAUCUAUUCGCCAGUUACUCCAGUAACUCCUGGUACACCAGGAAAUACCAUGCACUUUGAGAAUAUUUCUUCCCCAGAAAGUUCUCCAGAAAUAAAGAGACGAACUUAUAGUCAAGAGGGAUAUGACAGAUCUUCAACCAUAUUAACCUUGGGGCCUUUUAGAAAUUCCAAUUUAACGGAGCUGGGUCUGCAGGAAAUAAAGACUAUUGGUUAUGUGAGCCCUAGGAGUAGGACUGAGGCCAGCAGGCCGUGUCUUGGAGAGAAGGAGCCUGGGGCAGACCUUCAGCUGGGACUCGAUGCAGUUGAGUCAGCAGCCUUACAUACAACCAUGGAGACACCUGCACAUGACAGGACUGAGCCUAACAACCAGCUGGACUCGACUCACUCUGGACGGGGCACAAUGUACUCUUCCUGGGUAAAGAGUCCUGACAGAACGGGAGUUAACUUCUCAGUGAACUCUAACUUGAGGGACCUGACCCCCUCACAUCAGUUGGAAGUUGGAGGAGGCUUCCGAAUAAGUGAGUCAAAGUGCCUGAUGCAGGAUGAUACUAGAGGCAUGUUUCUGGAAACAGCUGUGUUUUGUACUUCUGAAGAUGGGCUUGUCUCUGGUUUCGGACGGACUGUUAAUGACAAUUUGAUCGACGGGAAUUGCACACCCCAGAAUCCACCACAAAAGAAAAAGGUUUCUCUGUUAGAAUACCGUAAGAGACAACGUGAAGCUAGAAAAAGUGGUUCUAAGACGGACAACUUUGCUGUGGUUAAUGUAUCACCUCAUACAAGUGGAAACCUGAGCAACAGUGGUGAUGGGUGUGUCCACAGUAGCGAAAAUGGGGAGCAGGUCGAAAACACUUCUAGCCUGCCUUUACCAACACCAGCUGCACUUUAUAAUGCUCCUUCUGAAGAAACAAGCAAUAACUGUCCUGUUAAAGAAGCUACUGCCAGUGAGAAGAAUGAACCGGAAGUUCAGUGGACUGCCUCCACUUCAGUGGAACAAGUGAGAGAAAGGAGUUAUCAGAGAGCUUUACUUCUCAGUGAUCACCGAAAAGAUAAAGACAGUGGGGGAGAAUCACCAUGUAUCUCAUGUUCACCGAGUCAUGUUCAGUCUUCACCUUCAUCUCAUUCAAAUCACACUCCCCAGCUGCACACGAAGGGCCUAGUCCCUUCUAUCAGUGAACUUGCGGAAGACCCGGAUCCUGAAAAUCUAGAAUCUGCAACUACAAAUGAAUACCCAUCCGCAGAUGCUUCUCAAAACACUUGUAAAAGCCCUUCAAAAAUAAGCAAGCCUGGUUCACCUGGACCUGUAAUUCCUGCUCAACCACAUGGGAAAAUACUCACAAAACCAGAUUCCCACUGGGAGGCAACAGUUACUGUAUCAGAAGCUGAGAACAGCGUUCACCUAAAAACAGAGCUCCAACAAAAACAUAUAUCAAAUAACACUACAGCACUUUCAAAGAACUAUCCUCAGCCCCAUGUUCGAAAUGCAACCGAGCAACUUGCCCAAAAGCUGCCUUCUGCACCAACGAAGUUGCACUGUCCUCCGUCACCUCACAUAGAAAACCCUCCUAAGUCCUCCACGCCUCACACACCUGUGCAGCAUGGUUAUCUUUCACCAAAGCCUCCUUCACAGCAGUUAGGAUCUCCCUACAGGCCUCAUCAUUCACAGUCACCUCAAGUUGGAACCCCUCAGCGAGAGUCUCAGAGAAAUUUCUAUCCAGCAGCACAGAACCUUCAAGCCAAUACUCAGCAGGCAACUUCUGGAGCAUUAUUUACACAGACACCCUCAGGACAAUCUUCAGCAACAUACAGUCAGUUUAACCAACAAAGUCUGAAUAGUACGGCACCACCCCCUCCACCCCCUCCGCCUCCUUCUUCAUCUUAUUAUCAAAACCAGCAGCCCUCUGCAAACUUUCAGAAUUAUAAUCAGCUCAAAGGUAGUCUUUCCCAACAAACUGUGUUUACAUCUGGACCAAACCAAGCACUUCCUGGCACCACAAGCCAGCAAUCAGUUCCAGGACACCAUGUUACUCCAGGACAUUUUUUGCCCUCUCAGAACCCCCCCAUUCACCAUCAAACUGCUGCUGCUGUCGUCCCACCUCCGCCUCCACCGCCACCUGCUCCAGGACCACACCUUGUUCAACAGCCGAAUUCCCAUCAGCAGCACUCUGUAGCACAUGUAGUAGGGCCAGUUCAUGCUGUCACCCCUGGGUCACAUAUUCAUUCUCAAACUGCUGGACACCAUUUACCACCACCCCCUCCACCUCCUGGUCCUGCCCCUCAUCACCACCCACCACCCCAUCCUUCCACAGGACUCCAAGGUCUACAAGCACAACACCAGCAUGUUGUAAAUUCAGCACCCCCACCCCCACCCCCACCUCCUCCUUCCAGUGUUUUGGCUUCUGGGCAUCAUACGACAUCAAGUCAAGCCUUACACCACCCACCUCAUCAAGGACCUCCACUUUUUCCUUCAACUAGUCAUCCAGCUGUACCACCGUAUCCCUCACAAGCUACACAUCACACCACUUUGGGACCGGGACCCCAGCACCAGCCUUCUGGAACAGGGCCACAUUGUCCAUUACCAGUUGCAGGUCCUCAUCUCCAGCCCCAAGGACCAAACAGUAUUCCAACACCUACUGCUUCAGGGUUCUGUCCUCAUCCUGGCUCUGUGGCCCUGCCACAUGGAGUACAAGGACCUCAGCAGGCAUCUCCAGUGCCUGGACAGAUUCCAAUUCACAGAGCACAGGUGCCACCAACAUUUCAGAACAAUUACCAUGGUUCAGGGUGGCAUUAAAAUGGACUCCAAUAACAUUUUUUAAAAUGUUCUGUAAGAUAAACUGUAUAUUUCAUAUGUACCUGUUAAGGUACUUUUUAAAGCUUGUACAUGAAAGUUUGUAUAAAAAAAAAACAAAACAAAACACCAGUGCUCUUCCAUUGUAUUUUUCCCAUUUUUGCUUUUUAAAAUUCCUUAAGAAAUGUGCUGUUCAGCCAGUAUUAGGUAUCUUUAUUUUGUAAGUGAACAUUCCAGCUGUUCCAUCUGGCAGUAGAUCUAAUGCUACAUGACCUUUAAAUUUUAUUGUUGCAGUUAAAUUCAUUUAGUGAAUGUUUUCUGUAUUAUUUUAUACAUACACAUUGAGUAUACAACUAAGUAAUAGCACUAUGAGGAUUUUUCUUUUUAAUUUCUUUCCUUUUUUUUUUUUUUUUGGCCAGCAGUUCUAUGAGUGCAUCUUAGGUAUAAAAUGCAAUACAGAUUUUUAUAGUUUGGUAUGGACAUGGCUCAUUUUGUUUUAUCAAUCAGCUAUUUGCAAACAAAAUGUAAUUUAAUGUAUAGAUGAUUUCUAAUGUCUGACAAACUGUAAAUACUGCAUUUCUUUUGCAUAUAUAAUUGCUUACAGCCUUUUUCAUUUGAUAUAUAUAUAGCAUUGUACAUAUGACAAGUCUUUUGCAAAAACUGUGUGAUCUUUGUGAAAGUAGUACAGUAUAUGACCUUUCUUUCUUUUUAUUUUAAAUAUACUGUCACAUUGAAGCACUGGUUGGGCAUUUUAAUUCAUGUUAAUAAAUCACAAUUAUGUCAGUUUUACCAAAUUGUCCUGUACAACUUCUAAGAUUGGGGACUGCUUAAAUGUUUUUACACAAGUUAAGAGUUUUCAAAUAUAAUUUGUAAGGAAAAGAAUUUUAAGUUUUCUUUAGCAACUACUACCUCAGUUGGAUGGCAGCUAGAGGCGGUAAGGGUUGCUUCUCAAAAUGGUUCCUACUUGCCUUUUUUCAGGAACAAGAGCCACAAGCAAUUAUUUAAAAUAGUCAUGUUAUGUAAAUUUACGUAAAUACCUGAUACAAAAUGAAUCCAGACCACUAAUGCAUCACACAUGAUAGAGUUGUAGACUGCAAUUACAACAGUUGUUUGAAAAUGAAGAGUUUGCCUAAAACAGGAAUAUCUAAUUUGCACAUUUUAGAACAUGAUUGAAAUGUCCUGAUUAAUGUUUAAUAUUUAGCUGUAGGUUUUCUUUUUUUUAAUAAGUCAUGGGAAAUACAUUUCUUUAAAUUUAAUUUGGCUAUGCAAAAUUAAAAGGAAAACAACAUUGCCCUCAGAGCUGUCAAAUAAAAUGGAGAUGGCCUCUCAAGUGAGUAUUUUAUUGCUGAAAUACAAAAUGCUAGAUCUACUUUUAGAAAAAUUAAAAAUUCCCAGACUUUACCUUCUACCUCUCAAGAGUAAUAAAUAUAUCCAGUAGCAGUGCAAUGUUUAUCAACACACUUUUCAUCAAAUACUUAACAUAAUUUGGGCACAGUAUACAAAUCUUGUUCAUCAGAAAAAAAAAAGACUUUAAAAAAU